UUCCCAUCCAAAGGGUUACCGAUUUGUCUGCGUCCAGAUGACACUCGUCAGUUCUUGUUCCGAUUGACUCCGACCGCUUCGCUGUUGCAAAUGCACACGGUCAAAUCGAUCGCUGCGGACGCCUCGAAAGCUACUUCCGCUCCACUCCGACCAAUAGGACCACAGCCCAGUCAACCGAUUCAACAACCGCCAAUCUCUGCGGGACGUUUGGAUAUCACGUGGCGUGAGACAAUGGGUGAACGCGGCCGAUUACAAACGAGCUCACUGAAAUAUGAGGCAUGUGUAUAA